GUUGGGCGCAAGUGACGUGCAGGAGGUAGGGAGUAGGUUGAGCCUUCAGAGCAUAGAGCGUGAUUCCUUCAGUGUAGUGUUACGGGUGUCUGGUGUGUGGUGGUGGAGGUGGUACAGUCAGUUCCCCAGCUAGUAAGCGAUCAUGACCAUGACGAAGACAGACACCUACGAUGUGGUCAACACAGACGAACCUCACGACAGUGCAGAGGAUAAGAUGUCACCGGUGAACCUUCAUACGAAUGUCGAUACUGAGGCCAGAGAAGACUCUGACAGACUAAUGAACAACCUGGAACCUAACAAAGAGGAAAAGGACGAUGCCACGGACUCGUCGUCGGUGAGAUUGAAGAAGGAGUUGGGUCUGCUGGAGGGUGUUGCGGUCAUCGUUGGCAUUGUCGUGGGCUCUGGGAUCUUCGUCUCCCCCAAGGGCGUGUUACUGUACAGCGGCAGCGUGGGCAUGUCCCUGGCGGUGUGGGUCGCUUGUGGGCUCCUCUCCAUGGUGGGGGCUCUCUGUUUCACCGAACUGGGCACGAUGAUCCCGGAGAGCGGCGGGAUGUACAGCUACCUACACCGAGCCUUUGGACCCGUCUUCGCCUUCCUCUACAUGUGGGUCACUAUACUCACCAGGAACUCGGCCGGGACUGCUGUCAUCGCCAUCACCUUCGCCAACUACUUCCUCCAGCUGUGGUUGUCGGACUGUGAGACUGUACCUACCAUACCAGCCAGGCUCAUAGCAGCUGCCUUGAUAAUCUUCCUGACGUGGUUGAACUGCGUGAACGUCCGCUGGGUGACGAAGUUGCAGAAUGUUUUCACACUGACCAAGGUUAUGGCCCUAUGUGUCAUCAUCUGUGCAGGCGGCUACCACCUUGGCACCGGACACCUCGAGAACUACCGUAAUCCAAUGGCUGGCACCACCUGGGAAGUGGCAGCAAUCGCCACUGCCUUUUACCAGAGUCUCUUCUCCUACACUGGCUGGGACUAUCUGAAUGUUGUCACUGAAGAACUUAAAAACCCGAACAGGAACUUGCCUCUCUCUAUCAUCAUCUCAACGACACUCAUCACUAUCAUCUAUGUCCUCACCAACGUCGCCUACUUCGCCGUCCUCACACCGACGGAGAUGCUCUCGUCAAACGCCGUGGCCAUGACGUUCGCCUCUCGGAUGUUAGGGAUGCUAGCGUGGACGAUGCCCGUGUUUGUCAUGUGCUCCACCUUCGGCAGUACUCACGCCUCAGUCUUCACCCAGACCCGUCUCAUCUUCGUGGGUGCCAGGAGAGGCCAGUUCCCCCAAGCACUUACCCUCGUCAGUGCCAAGAAUUACACCCCAGUACCUGCAGCUAUACUUAAUGGGGUAACGAUAGUGAUGAUGCUGGUGGUGCCUGACAUAUCCUCCCUCAUCAAUUACACCGCCUUCAGCGCCACCGCCAUGCAGUUCUCCUGUAUCUGUGCCCUGUUUUGGUUCAGAUAUAAAUACCCCAGCUGGAACCGACCCUUUAAGGUGUGGCUGGUGUUGCCUAUUCUCUUCUCCCUGACGCAGCUCUUCCUUUUGUUGAUCCCCAUCAUAAUGACGCCCCUGGAGGUGGUGGGAGGCAUCACCGUGAUCAUCACGGGUCUCCCUGUCUACUACCUCACUAUAUACCGCCAGGACAUCGCCCGCUGGUUCUCCGCAAGUUUGGACCAAAUGACCAUCAUCUGCCAAAAGUUGUUCCUCUGCUUACCUGAAGACAAGGAGGACUGAGUGCAGUAGUGAGCCGGACUGUACAGUAAAGAACUUGUAACAAGAAUUUAUAUUAAGAUUAUGAUGUACUACCUAAUUGUGUAUAUAUAUAUAUAUAUAUAUAUAUAUAUAUAUAUAUAUAUAUAUAUAUAUAUAUAUAUAUAUAUAUAUAUAUAUAUAUAUAUAUAUAUAUAUAUAUAUAUAUACUAUAUGUGUGUGUGUGUGUGUGUUCUUAGUUUGAUUCAGUUGAUUAAUGUAUAUGUUAUGACAGAGCUACAAGAACAAUGUUAAGAGUUGUGUUUCAAUAGAAUCUGUUACUAUUAUAUAAAACAUUAAAUAUUUAAUAUCUUUCAUAUUGGCUCCUAACAGUUGUGGUUCACUGAUACUCAAAUUAAAAGUAAAUCCAAAUAUUACUGUAACACGAAAACUUGGCUUGGCUUGGGUAAAUCAUGACGUCACUAACACCUAUUUCUCUAAUUAAUCUCUUUAAAAUUUUCAUGUUAUAUGAAUUAUCUAAAUUAUUAUUCAUAUAAUAUAUUACGAGGACAACUUCUCUUAUUCUAUCUCAACUAAUUUGGAUAUAUUAGACAACUUCCCUAUCCUAACUUCUGACGUCAUGACAUACUGCCCUCUUCCCACAUAAAAUGAACUAAGAUCUUCGCUAUUUGUUUCAUAAUGACCAAGUUCUUUCUCAUCUCGUCCUUAUGAAGUUUGAUGUAUUCCAUUGUAUAAUAUCCCAACAAAUUUCCUGUAUUAUUUGGUACAGUUUAUGUAUACUCCUACUAAAAUUGACAAUAAUAAAAGCUGUGUACAUACUAGGAUGAUUUCAAUAUAACUGAAUAAAAUUUGUUAGUAUUUUACAUAUAAUAAUAAAGUAUAUCUUUGUA